UUGCGGCAAAGAAUAUUCACUGCACUAUGGAGGGACCUACACAUCUGAAAGCAACAAAUGAUCAUAGAUAUGAAGAGAAGACGAGGAAGAGGGAGGAAAGAGAGACGAUCGACAUAAGAAAGGAAGGAAGCAGAGGAGAAAAAAAUAAUAUGGAUAUCAUCAGUAUACUGCCUGCAGAGUGUAUCUCCCACAUCGUUUCCUGCACAACCCCUCAGGACGCGUGCAGAUCAUCGCUGGUCUCUCAUCUCUUUCGAAUUGCUGCGGAUUCUGAUAUUGUGUGGGAGAGAUUUCUGCCCCAAGGUUAUAAGGAAAUCAUUUCCAGUUCUUUAAAUUCCUUGUCCAAGAAGGAUCUCUACUUUCAUCUUUGCAAUCACCCCAUCAUCAUAGGCAAUGGUAACAUGAGCAUGGCACUAGAAAAGCAGAGUGGCAAAAAAUGUUAUAUGGUAGGGGCAAGAGAGCUUACAGCUAUAUGGGGAGAUACACCCCCAUAUUGGCAAUGGAUAUCUCUACCAGAGUCUAGGUUUUCCCAAGUGGCUGAGCUCAAUUAUGUAUGGUGGCUUGACAUCAAGGGAUACAUAGAGACUAAAAACUUGUCCCCAAGAACAACCUAUGCAGCUUAUUUUGUCUAUCAGCUCUCAUCACAAGACAAUCCAGGGACUGCAGCAACUCCUGUUACGUUGUGCGUCGCUUAUGAACAUAGCGCAGUUGCUGUUGAGCAUAGUGUGAUCCUAGACCCUGUAACUUAUGAAGGUACAGCUCCUCCGCAUGCUCGAUACAGAGGCGAUGGGUGGUUUGAGAUUGAGAUGGGUGAGUUUGUCACCGAAGAAGAUAAUGCUACUGUAGUGUGUAGUCUAGUGGAAACUAGUGAUUACAACUGUAAGAGCGGCCUCAUUGUGGAAGGCAUUGAGCUUAGGCCCAAACAAUGAAGGAUUGAUUCCUUGCACAAGUCACAGGAGGGGAAGAAAGCUUAUAAACGAGUGGGAGUAACGUUGCCUUGCCAUUUCUCAUCCUCUAGUAAGCGUCCGUCUUUUAUUGUGCCCUUUGAAAUUAUAGAUUAUUAUAAAUAAACCCAAUCCUAGACAUGUAUUUAUAAAAAAACCCACGCACUGUUGAUUAUGGCUCAACUUGCACCGAAAGAACUUUGUGCUAUCA